AUGGAAUUGCUUGAUAUCCGUGGUGAGAAUGCGACCCUCGGCCCGGAGGACGGGGGGGACCGGGCCGGCUGGGUGAGGGUGAGGGUGGAGCAGAGCUGCUUCACCGUGGAACGCAGCUUGCUGGCGAGGUGCAGCGACUACUUCUACGCCCUGUUUCAGUCCGGGAUGAGAGAAAGUCUCCAGGAGGAACUGCACCUGAAGGGAGGAGUGCAUGCGAGGGGUUUCCUCAUUGCACUUUCCGUCUGCAGGGGUGAGAUUCCCACCCUGAGUGACCCGGACGAGCUCACAGAGACGGUGGAGUGCGCUGCGUUCCUGCAGGUUGGAUGCCUGGUGCAAUAUCUCUGCGACAUCAUCGACUCGGACAACUGCCUCCUGCUUUUCUACGUCGCCUCCGUCUUCGGGGUGCCUGAGCUGCUGCACAGUGCAGCUCUUUUCCUGUGUGAUGCCUCUGAUGGUUUAAAGGAAGUUGCAGCGCAGACGGUUCCUGAAGAGCUUCUUCGCUACUCUCAGUCUUUGUCUCCUUCUGUUUAUGUUGCUAUAGGCACCCACUCUCCUUCCACGGAGCUCCUGCACGACUCCUUCAGAGUUGUUUGCUAUCUCGAUGAAAAAGAGGGCGAGUGGAAGCAUUUAACUGACCUCCCGACUCUCUGUAGCACCUCCAUGGCCGGUGUGGCGGUGCUUGACAAUCGCUUGUACAUCGUGGGAGGAGUUUACGGUUACGGUAAGGACACAGUAAAUCGCAGCUUUUGCUACGACCCGGACUCCGGGGUGUGGACUGCUCUCCCUGGACCCCAGCAACCCAGAUAUGACUUCACCCUGCUGGGACUCGAGGGACGACUCUACGCCAUCGGCGGCGAGUUCCAAAAACGGAUCAUUUCCACAGCAGAGAGUUACGACGCCGAGACGGGAGAGUGGACGUUUAUACAUCACGCACCGAGACCUGUAGCCUCAGCCGCCUGUGCUGUUGCAAGACGGAGGAUAUUUGUUUGCUUCUGGAAACCACCCGACACCACAGACAUCUACGAGUAUGUUCCACUGAAAGAUGAAUGGAAACUUGCCACCACAAUGAUCCGACCUCAGAGCUACGGCCACUGUAUGGUAGCCCACAGGGACAAUUUGUAUGUGAUGCGUAAUGGGCCUAGUGACGACUUCCUGCGCUGCCUCAUGGACUGCUACAAUGUCACGACAGGCCAGUGGACAGCCCUGAGCGGACAGUACAUCAACAGCAAGGGGGCGCUGUUCACUGCAAUGGUAAGGGGGGACUCUGUCUUCACAGUCAAACACAUGCUAACUCUUGAAUACGCCAUCGCCGGAGAUGGAUGGAAGCCCCGCAGGCAGAUGAAGGGAUUUCCAAAGAGCGGUUCACUGUGGACGUGUUUACUCAGGCUUCCCAAGACGGGACCAGUUACACCACAGCUGGAUCCAGACGGGAAGGAAGAAGAAAUGUCUUUGCCAGACACGUCUGAGGGGUUUGUGGCAGCCACACCACAACUGUGA